CAUUCUCAUGAAAAUAAAAAGAAAAGAGAACGGUGUCUCUGAAAUUUGAAGCCCUCGAGAGAAGAAGAGCAAAGAUCCCGUUUUUCAACAAUGGAGACUGAGGUUAGCGAAGAAUCAAUGACAAUCAUAAAGGAGAUGAGGCAGCAGCUUGAAUCCCGCGCCGACAGCCUCCACUCCGUCCAGCUCGACCUCAUCGCCUCCCUCCAAACCUCCAACCUCGUCCCCGGCCUCGUUUCUUCUCUCGACAUCUCUCUCAAAGCCAUCUCCUCUUUCCAUCCCAACAAACCCUUCACCCCCCUUUCCCAGAUUCUCCCCUCCCAGCCCCUCCCGCCCAAACCCCACCCUAUUUCCAAAAUCCCAUCCGAAAACAAUCCCAAAUUGCCCUCUUCCGCCCCCCUUUCCCGCCCCUCGCCUAGGGCUCUAAUCGAGGAGAGCGGCGGCCCUCUCUCCGUCGUCAGGUCCAUGGUCGCCGUCUGUUUGCUGGAGAGGGUCCCAUUCAAUCCCAUCGAGUCGUCCACUGUGCUGAGGAAGCUCGAGAAUGACUCCUCUGCUACGGUGGCCGAGAGGGCGGCGCUCCGGGAGCUUGGGGGCGAUUCUGGGGCCAUUCUCGCGGUUGAGAUGGCGUUGAGGUCGAUGGCGGAGGACAAUGGGGGUGUGGAGUUGGAUGAGAUAGUGGUGAGUGGUAAGUCGGGGGUGAUGGUUAUGAAUAUCGAUCGGACUAGGCUGUUGAAAGAGUUGCCCGAAACGAAGCAGUUGAAUGAGGGGACUUUGAAUUCGAAUGAUGGGAAAAUGGUGGGAAAGAGUGGGGAGAGUUUGAUUGGUGGAGGUGGUUUUGAUGUGGGGAGGGGGAUGCCGGAAGUGUGGAUGCCAGGGCCUAUGAUGAUGGGGCCGAGGAGUAUGGGGAUGAAUAUGAUAGGGGUUCCCAAAGGCGUUGGGGUGCCGCCUCCUAUGCAAAGACAGUCCUUGAUGCUGCCCUCCCUCUCGAUGAAGCCGAGGACGGAGGAGGAGGAUAUGAAGGAUCUUGAGGCUUUGAUAAAUAAGAAGAGCUUCAAGGAAAUGCAGAAGUCGAAAACUGGGGAGGAGCUUCUGGACCUUAUCCACCGCCCGACUGCUAAAGAAACUGCAGUGGCUGCUAAGUUUAAAAGCAAAGGUGGGUCUCAAGUGAAAGAGUACUGUUCAGCAUUGACAAAAGAAGAUUGCCGCCGCCAAACUAUUUCUUUCAUUGCUUGUGAAAAGGUUCACUUUCGGCGGAUAAUUGCUGCACAUACUGAUGUGAAUUUGGGGGAUUGUUCAUUUCUUGACACAUGCCGUCACAUGAAGACAUGUAAGUAUGUCCAUUAUGAGCUCGACUCAACUCCCGAUGUUUCACCUAUGAUGAUGGGUCAAGCUACUUUACAUCCCCAAAAGUCAUUAAAGCCUCAAAGUGCUCAUUAUUGUUCUGAAGUAGAGCUCGGAGAACCACAGUGGAUUAACUGUGACAUACGAUCAUUUAGAAUGGAUAUUCUAGGUCAAUUUGGAGUUAUAAUGGCUGAUCCACCUUGGGAUAUUCAUAUGGAAUUGCCUUACGGAACCAUGGCUGAUGACGAAAUGCGUACUCUUAAUGUUCCUGCAUUACAGAGUGAUGGUAUGAUAUUUCUGUGGGUCACAGGACGUGCAAUGGAACUUGGACGCGAAUGUUUGGAACUUUGGGGUUACAAGCGUGUUGAGGAGAUCAUCUGGGUGAAGACAAAUCAGCUUCAACGGAUUAUUAGAACGGGACGUACAGGCCAUUGGCUAAACCACAGCAAAGAGCAUUGCCUUGUUGGGGUGAAGGGUAACCCUGAAGUGAACAGAAAUAUUGACACUGAUGUGAUUGUUGCUGAAGUUCGUGAAACAAGUCGCAAACCUGAUGAGAUGUACGCCAUGCUGGAGCGGAUAAGUCCAAGAACAAGAAAGUUGGAACUGUUCGCAAGGAUGCACAAUGUCCAGGCUGGGUGGUUAUCACUCGGCAAUCAGCUGCAAGGAGUACGGUUAGUAGACGAAGGGCUACGAGCAAGAUUUAAGGCGGCAUAUCCUGACGUUGAUGUGCAGCCAUCAUCUCCACCGAGGGCAGCUCCCAUGGAAGUGGAUAGACCGCCACCUCUGUCUGGAUCUGCCAACUUGACCGAGCCGACCGGACCAGGAACAGCCUAUACAUUGGAACCAAAACCAAUGAAUGAGGGUUAGAAAUUGUUUGACAUGAAUGAAGUCUUGUCCUAAAUUAGGUGGGGUGUCGAUUAAUGCAGUCAGGGUUUUUCUCUUUGUACUGUACAAGUGACAAAACCUGGUUUUAAAGAAAGAAAACCAAUAUUUUUUUUUGGUA